AUGGCGAUAGACCAGGACACGCCCCUCGUCUCGACCGCAACUGCAACCGUCCUUUCGAUCGCCUUCACUCUCGUCUACGUGGUUCCCUUCUACUUGUCCGCCUCGACGCGGCCGUCGCCCACCCUAAACCGCGAUGCACCGUCUGUAAUCCGAGCACGAGUCCGGACUGUAACAGCGGCCUGCAUUGUGGCUUCCUCUGCAACAUUAUAUCUACUUGUUGUGACAGCAAAACUGACAGCCUUUGACGCACUCCACCUACUUGGCUGGUGGCCAGUUCAGCUGGUCGAUGUGGCCAAGUGCUGUGCACUGACCCUUCUCCUUUAUACCGGCCCUCUAUUUGAGAAGAUCUUCAUCGAGGGCGAUCUGGAUGACUUCCGGCGGGGACGCGGCGUCGUCGAGUCCCUAAGCAGUUGGCAAGGCUAUCGCAACUUUGUGGCCGGUCCUAUUACCGAAGAAAUCAUCUUUCGCUCGGUUUUGGUGCCCCUGCAUCUGCUCGCAAAGGUGUCGCCUCCCAAAAUUGUCUUUUUGACGCCGUUAUAUUUUGGAAUCGCUCAUGUCCACCACUUCUACGAGUUUACGUUAACUCAUCCUCACACGCCAUUAGUCCCGGCUCUUCUGCGCACAGUCUUCCAAUUCGGCUAUACCACACUCUUUGGCUGGUUUGCUGAUUUCAUUUACUUGCGGUCUGGGUCGCUGUAUGCCUGUAUUAUCAUUCAUGCUUUCUGCAAUUGGGUCGGACUUCCUCGGUUCUGGGGUCGUGUGAAACGGAGAGAACAAUAUCCUCUAUCGCCAGUGACCAUCAGAGGGAAAGACGACACGGAUGCGAUUCAGCCUGGUGGAGACGCGGGACAAUUGCAAUUGAGGUGGACAGUGGCUUACUAUGUACUGUUACUGAUUGGCGCCUACGUCUUCUAUGCUGGACUGUGGCCGCUAACGAACUCCUCUCUGGCUCUCGCCGAAUUUGGAGGCUCGAAGAAGUCGAAGAAGUCAUGGUAG